AUGUUCACAAGAUCUCUGAGAAACAUUGUUAGAAGAAUAGCAUCCAGAAGAUUCCAACACACUGCUACUGCUGCUGAAUCCGCUGCUAAGGAAUCCCCAUUCACUAAUAAAUAUAACUUUGACUUGAACCCACCUCGAGUUCAUGAAUAUUGGAAUUACCGUAAUGCCACUGUUCUUUUAGCAUUCAUUCCACUUUUCCUUGUUGUUGCCGAAUUAGGUAAAACUGCCGGUAAUGGUCUUCGUGGAUUGUCCCUGUUUAUUGAAUUUGCUGAAAGUGAAAAAUCUCCAAUGAAGGAACAGACCUAUGGUAAAUCACAAAAGUCUAUUUACCACAAAGAUGAGUAA